AUGAACGGGCAUGUAACAGACACCGGAGCGUCUGCCCAAAACCAAUACGACAUCAUCGCGACCUACGCCAUCCUCGAAGGCCGCAGCAAUGUAGGCGGUACCUGGGACCUGUUCAAGUAUCCCGGCAUUCGGUCCGACUCGGACCUCCAUACCUUUGGCUUCCCCUUCAACCCCUGGAAAAAGCCCAAUCCUAUCGCGACGGCCGACAGCAUCGUCGCUUACAUCAAGUCCACCGCCGCCAAGUUCGGCAUCGACAGGCACAUACAAUUCAACCGCAAGGUGCAGAGCGCGCAAUGGAGCUCGGAUGCGCAGCAUUGGCGACUCGAGGUGGACAGCAAUGGCACGAGGAAGACGUACUAUGCCAAGUUCCUCUUCAUGGGAACGGGCUACUACGACUACGAGAAACCUCUCCAAGUCGACAUUCCGGGCUUGGAGCGUUUCAAAGGGACGAGAGUGCAUCCGCAGUUCUGGCCUGAGGAUCUCGACUACCAGGGCAAGAAGAUGAUCAUCAUCGGCUCCGGGGCGACUGCAAUCACCAUGAUGCCCGCUGUUGUCGAAAGCGGCGUUGGUAGCGUCACCAUGCUGCAGCGGAGUCCGUCGUACGUCAUGAGUCUUCCGCAGAAGAAGCCCGGCGAGAAGAGAUGGUACGAUUACUUCCCGUCCUGGAUAGCAGCGAAGCUCGUCCGUCUGCAAUUCAUCGUCCUCCCCUGGCUCUUCUAUCACUGGUGCAGGAAGUUCCCUUCGGCGGCCGCAAGAUUCAUUCGCAAGCUAGCGAAGCGCCAGCUCCCCAAGGACAUACCGAUAGAUCCACACUUCAAACCCGCCUACAAUCCGUGGGACCAGCGUCUCUGCCUCUGUCCCGAUGGCGACUUCUUCAAGAGCUUCCGCACGGGACGCGCCACCGUCGUCACCGACAACAUCAAGACCGUGACCGAAGACGGCAUCGAGCUGAAUUCCGGCAGGAAGCUCGACGCCGACAUCAUCGUCACGGCUACGGGCCUCAAUCUCCAACUCUGCGGCAACAUCGCCCUCGCCGUCGACGGUAAGCCCGUCAACAUCGCCGACCGCUUCAUGUGGCGAUCCGCUAUGCUCACCGGGGUUCCCAACCUCGGCCUCAUGAUCGGCUACGUCAACGCGUCGUGGACGCUGGGUUCGGACAGUGCAGCGCGUCUCCUCACCCGCUUGUACAAGCACAUGCAGGAUCAUGGGUAUACGAGCGCGACACCUGAGAUUUCGCCAGAGGAGAUGAAGGAUCCCCAGAUGCCGCUGCAGCUGAAGAGCACCUAUAUCCAGAAUGGAGCGAGGAAGAUGCCGCAUGCGGGGAGGCGUGGUCCGUGGUUGCCCAGGGACAAUUAUAUGAGGGAUAACUGGACGGCGAAUUAUGCCGAUCUGAGGGACGGUAUGGUAUUUAAGAGUUUAAGUACCUGAUGUGAGAUGGAGGUGGUAGGAAGAAUAUAUGAAAUUCUUUGCUUGCUGGCGAUCUGCUAUUCAGCACGUAAUCGGAUUGUGGCAUCGGCUGAGAUUCGCGAACGACAGCCAACUAGUGAUGUUAGC